AUGUCAUACGGCAGUCUCUGCAACAUCUGCAGGAAUGUGGACUUCCACGGCAUGUUCACAGGCCGCGAUUACGGCAAUUACCCUGAUGGCUUCAACCCUUACCGGGCAGAUCUCGAUACUAACAAACAAGUCCCGAGAACCUGGCAGCACAUCAAAAUGCAUGCAAAGUGCUGUGCCUUUUGCAUGUUGACUUUCCAUCAGAUAAGUACAUUUCGGACAAUAACACGAACCCCGAACCGUCUACGCGUACCCGACCCUUUCCCAGAUGCAGGAGAAGAUGAGAUGGUGAUUACGGCGGUCGAGAUAGGAACGGGCAUGUUUGACGACGAAUUCACUCAGUGUAUUGGCUUCCAUAGCGGUACAUAUCGACAUCCCAGCCAUGAAACACUCAUGAUUCGUGGCCUUCAGCUGUGUUCUCCAGAGCUCUCUCCUACUGCAGCUUGGAAGCGUGCACGUCAAGUCAAGAAAGAAGCGGAGUCGCGUUCGGGACUUCAAGCAAACAAAGAACUCAACAUAAAAUUUGGGAGCUGUUUCGGUGGUCGUUCCGUCAGCACGGAUAUCGACUUUGAGCUCUGUAAAACCUGGCUGAGUCUCUGCAAUGAGCAGCACAAGGAGUGCAGGGAGUACAGGCCAGUGGGCAAGAUAACUCGACCAAACAGGCUUAUCGACGUUCAGAGUAGCUGCAUUGUCUCUGGAUCCUCUUCAAAUUAUAGCUAUGCCGCUUUGAGUUAUGUUUGGGGUGGUGGUACACCUGGUACACAGCUGAAGACCUCGAACGAGGAGGAGCUCCGAAAGCCAGGGAGUCUCUCUGCACCGGGCAUCAUUCUGGGCGAUACCAUCACUGAUGCCAUGAGGUUCUGUCGUCAGAUCGGUCUCCGUUUCUUGUGGGUCGAUCAAUUGUGCAUUCCCCAGAAACCGGGGUCGACCGACCCCGAGAUUCACCACAUGGCGUCAAUCUACUCUGGAGCAGCUUGUACUCUGGUGGCCUUAAGCGGCACAACGUUUUCUGACCCCCUCCCGGGAGUUCGGCCAGGCGCCAGGCAUCCUGAGCCACAGCAUCGGGCUACCAUAAAUGGUUUGAGUGUCAUGACGUGCUACCCAUCUCUUUUCACAGAAAUCGAGAGCUCAGUCUGGUUCAGUCGCGGCUGGACAUUCCAAGAAGCAGCAUUCUCUAGACGAAUCCUUUUCUUCACAGAGUCACAAACCUUCUUCCUCUGUCGGGAGACGAUGUACUGCGAGGAAAGUGUAUGGGAAGUACCAGGCGGUAGUGCGCUGGCAGCUUCAGCAAACACAGAAACGAGAGAGGCCGGGAGAAUAAAGGAUCUGAUGCUCCUCCGCUCAAACGGAUCGUACCCAGAGGGGGGCUAUUACAGAAUCGUCGAAGAGUACACCAAACGAACCCUGGGUCAUCCUGAGGAUAUCCUCAAUGCGUGGGCUGCCGCAGUCCAGUGGAUGGAGGAAGACAAGAAGUGGGGAUCGAUUUGUAGCUUCGGUCUUCCUUUGGACCAGUUUGGAUUUGCGUUGGGAUGGCAACCACUUCAUGGCCAUGACCCCGAUCCUGACAAGCAGCGACCUGACUUCCCUAGUUGGAGCUGGUCUGGCUUCCUGGGUCCAGUCGAGUGGCGUCUUGACGUACCUUCUAGUACACGGACGUCUGGUGGAGGGCGAGAGAGUGCCUGGGGUAGGUCUGGCAUCAUCAAAGAGACAGACAUCGACAAAACGUUGCGUGAAAGAUACAAUAAAUAUCUCUCACCAGUGCGUGUAUCACAAAGUCCUUUCGCGCCGCAAGAUCCCAUCCUUGAGUUCAAAACCUCAGCUGCUCAUAUCACAGUCGCCAAAGAGCCCGAUGGCAGGACUGGGCUACCACACUUUAAUAUGAUAGGUAACGACGGGUAUUCGAUUGGAAGCCUACAGUGUGAUCCUGGUUGGCGUGCCAAACAGCCAGAUAAGCUGGAGUUUAUCGUCUUUGCCACUGCCAAACUGACGGAUCCCGAGCCUCCGCAGUACUCCGGAUAUCCAGCCGGUUGUGGAACGAGCCGAUAUAAUGCAAAGAUGAGCGGUCGCUUGUUUUCCGAUCAAUGGAGUUAUGAUGCAGCUAUCUCUCGGUGGCAGGACUUAUGUUCAAGGAAACGAUUUGUACUUGAUUUGAUGUGUAUAUCCAGAGAAGAUGACGGCCUCGCUCGAAGAGUCCAGGCAGCCGAUACCUUUGACGAUAGCGACUCGACUUUUUCAGGUACCGAUUCAGAAAGCCUAGAGUCACUUCGAUCAAGCGUCUUGCGAUUCCAAGAAGAAAAUGGAAGAACUUACCACGCGAUGAGCUCUGGAAAAUACAAUUUUCCUAACGACGCUUCCGAAAGUGACCGUUUGGAUCUUCAGCAUAAUCUCUGGCUACUCACCCUUCACGGAGAGCUCGGGCUCAGUCCAAAGAUCACGGAGCCUGCCAAGAGGGUCAUGGAUGUUGGUACUGGAACUGGCAUUUGGGCUAUCGAAUAUGCCGAUCUUCAUCCCGAAGCGCAGGUCGUCGGCGUAGACCUUAGCCCUAUUCAACCUUCAUUGGUCCCACCGAACUGCACCUUUGAAAUCGAUGAUCUCGAAAAAGAGUGGAUGUGGACAGAGCCAUUCGACUUUAUCUUCUGCCGCGUCAUGACAGGAUCCUUCGCCGAUAUGGAGAAAUUCGUUCAAAACGCCUACGAUAAUCUUGAACCAGGCGGCUAUCUCGAAAUGCAAGACCUAACUUACCCCAUCGCCUGCGAUGACGGAACCCUCCCCCCAGACUGCGAGGUCCUCCGCUCCGGUCUUCUCAGCAUCGAAGCCAGCGCCAAAGCAGGAAGAGCCAUUAACCUUGCUCCCAAGUACAAGAGCUUCCUUGAAAAGGCUGGAUUUGUCGAUGUGGUGGAGAAACAGUUCAAGUGGCCUAUCAACGAAUGGCCCAAGGAUAAGCACUACAAGGAAUUAGGCAAGUGGUCUUAUGCUAACAUUAACAAUGGCUUGGAAGGUCUGUUGCUUGGAUUGUUCACGAGGUUUUUGGGUUGGAGUGCGGAUGAGGUCCGUGUGUUCUGCAGUGCGAUGAGAAAGCAGCUUCGCGAUCGAAGUAUUCAUGCGUACAUCCCGGUUUACGUGGUUUAUGGAAGAAAGCCACUGGAACAGCCUGCAGGCAAAGCCUAG